CCUUGUGGAUGAGGAACUCUGGCUGGUUAUGGAGUACAUGGAUGGAGGCACUCUGAGCGAUGUCAUCAGCGAGACCUACCUGUCUGAAGACGAGAUGGCAGCCAUCAGCCGGGAGUGCCUGCGAGGACUUGAUUUUCUUCAUUCAAACCACGUGAUCCACCUAGAUGUGAAGAGCCGCAACAUCCUUCUCAGAACCGACGGCUCUGUCAAGCUGGCUGACUUUGGCCUCUUUGCUCAGCUCACCCCUGAGCAGAGUAGACGGAGCUCCGUGGCCAGCAUUUCUGGGUGGAUGGCGCCUGAAGUGGUGACAGGUCAAGCAUAUGGCCCCAAAGUGGACAUAUGGUCCUUUGGAAUCGUGGGCAUUGAAAUGGUGGAACGAAAAGUUCCUUACUGGAAUGAAACUCCUGGCACGGCUCAACUCCUGAUAGCCAGAGGAAGGAGACCACAGCUGCGGCAGCCCAACCGAUUCUCGCCUUGCCUGUGUGACUUCCUGAGCUGCUGCCUUCAACCAGAUGUGAUGUGUCGCUGGUCUGCCAAGGAUCUCCUGCAGCAUCCAUUUGUAACAUCAGCGAAGCCAGCGUCCACCCUGGCAGCACUCAUCAUCCUGACGAAGAAGAAGCACGAAGAGACAAGAAUGUAACAAUCAAGAUGUUAUCUAGAUAACCAACUUUAUUUAAUAACAAUCCUACUCUAUUGGAUUCGAGAGUAGGACUCUAGAGUAGGAUUGUUGAGCAGUUUUGCAGUACAGGUUUAUAGAGUA